AGUUAUCGGUGCGUUUGUGCCAUCCCUAGCUGUAAAAAUGUCAGCGGCACGUUUAUACGGAGGUUUUCGUUUAUUUUCCUCGAGCGCCGUGCAGCGCAAUGCCGUCGGUGGCAAGAGCCUGGUGGAGGCCGUGGCGGUGACCAAGAGUGGCCGCACCAUAGUGGCCUGGCAUCCGGACACGCCCCAUCCGUACGAGCACACACAGCCGCUGCCAAAGAUCGCGGAGAUUCAGAGCUCGUCGGUGGUCAAGGAAUCGGCUCUGAAGACGGCGAUGCAGGCCUUCAAGGGCAAGCAUCCGGAGGUGGCGCGCCAGGAGCUGAUGCAGCUGACCCACACGACCAAGCACCGCUGGUUUCCGCGCGCCCGCGACAGGAAGGCCAAGCGCACGCCGAUGGACCGGCCGUUCCUGUAGCUUUCCACCCAGUGCAUUGCAUAAUGUUCAAAUAAAUUCGUUCUCGUUUAA